AUGGCUCCGAAAUACUUGUUAUGGUUAUGUGGGUUUGUCGUGGCCGCCGUAAUUUCAGCCGCCGAGUACCGCCGGCCACCUCAACGGAGGAUGCUUUCUGAAUCGCUAAUUAAAGAACUCGAUGACGUGGGCCCAACUUCUCCCCAACAGGUGCAUAUAUCUUUGAGUGGGCCGAACCACAUGAGAAUCUCAUGGAUCACUUCAUAUCCAACUCCGCCAGUUGUGUACUACGGCCCAAGCCCAGGCCCAGGGUCCAAAAGAUUCUCAGCCAAUGGAACCACCAAUCAAUAUGGCUAUUUGACUUACCAAUCCGGACAAACGCACGACGACGUUAUCGGCCCAUUGGACCCAAACUCAGUGUACUAUUACCGCUGUGGCUCACCUUCCUCUCCGGAGCUCACCUUCAAAACUCCUCCAUCACAAUUUCCCAUCAAAUUUGCAAUCUUACGUGACCCUGGUCAAACCGAGUACACAAAGUCAACCCUCGACCACAUGUCGAAAGCGGGAUACAACGUCCUUAUACUAGCGGGCGACCUAGCGUACGCGGACUUGAAGCAACAGUUAUGGGAUGCCUUUGGACAUCUCGUGCAGCCGCAGGCCAGCCGCCGCCCGUGGAUGGUCACCCAAGGCAACCACGAAAUCGAGAGAAUCCCUUUCAUACACAAGAAAAAGUUCACAUCGUACAACGCCCGGUGGGUCAUGCCAUACGACGAAAGCGGGUCCCCCUCCAACUUGUUCUAUUCCUUUGAGACGGGAGGGGCCCACAUCGUCAUGCUUGGGUCGUACGUUGAUUUCGAGCCAGGGUCGGCCCAGUACAGGUGGCUGCAGUCCGACCUGGACCGGGUCGACCGCGGGAAAACCCCGUGGCUCGUGGCUAUAACGCACGCGCCGUGGUACAAUACCAACAAUGCACAUCAAGGUGAGUACGAGUCGAGCGUCAUGAGGGAGUCCAUGGAGGAUUUGCUCUACAAGGCAAGCGUCGACGUGGUUUUCGUUGGUCAUGUUCAUGCGUACGAACGCUUUGUGCGCGUCUACAAGAACAUGGCCGAUAAAUGUGGGCCCGUGUACAUAACAAUUGGGGAUGGGGGUAACCGCGAAGGCCUUGCUACGAGUUACAUUGAUACACAGCCAAGUAUUUCGGCGUUUAGAGAGCCGAGUUUUGGGCACGGGCAAUUUCAGAUAGCAAAUGCAUCUCACGCUUUGUGGACAUGGCAUAGAAACGACCAUGAUGUUGCUGUUGCAUCCGACCAAAUCUGGUUAACAAACCUCGCGAUGCUUACCAAUUGUUCUUUAGUUAUCAUCUAA